CAGAUACAUAAACUUGCCCAUGGAUUCAGAACAUCAGUUUCAGAGCAAAUAUAACAGACAAGAUAGACGAUGAGCAAGCUGGGGAAGGUCGGGCCUCAUCACUUCAAAGAGAAGAACUUCAAGAAAAAACACCACUGUGGAGUGUGCAAGCAGACCAUAGACAGCCAUGGAUUAUUCUGUAAAGAUUGUAAGAUCGCUGUGCAUAAGAAAUGCGAAGCAAAGGCCCCAUCCUCCUGUGUGCCUCCCUUUGAACAUCAGGGUUCUGCCAAGCCAACGGGCCAGAAAUACAAAAGCUGCCUGUUCAGGAGUGGGAGUGAAGACUGCGUGAUGGACCGGGUCAUGGAGAGGCACUACGACUUCGACCUCACCUACAUCACCGAGAGGAUCAUCUCCGUCUUCUUCCUGCCCAACCUGGAUGAAGAGCGCUACCGUGGAAACCUGAAGGAAGUGGCUGCCAUGCUGAAGUCCAAACACCAGGACAAGUUCUUGCUCCUCAAUCUGUCUGAGAAGCGGCAUGACAUCAACAGACUCAAUCCAAAGGUGCAUGACUUCGGCUGGCCGGACCUGCACGCUCCUCCGCUGGAUAAAAUCUGUGCCAUGUGCAAGGCCAUGGAGAGCUGGCUGACCUCUGACCCCCAGCAUGUGGUGGUCCUCCACUGCAAGGGUAACAAAGGAAAGACAGGGGUGAUUGUGGCAGCCUACAUGCACUACAGUAAGAUCUCAGCCGGGGCUGACCAGGCCCUGUCCACGGUAGCCAUGAGGAAGUUCUGUGAGGAUAAGAUAUCUCCUUUUCUCCAGCCAUCACAGAACAGGUAUAUUUAUUACUUUGGUGGCCUUUUGUCUGGCAGCAUUAAGAUGAACAGCAGUCCUCUGUUCCUGCACCAGGUCCUCAUCCCCUCUCUGCCAGACUUCCAGACAGGAGGAGGUUACUCCCCUUUCCUGAAGAUCUAUCAGUCUCUUCAGUUGGUCUAUACCUCUGGCAUAUAUGAUGUGCAGGGCUCCGGGAGCAGCCGUGUGUGUGUGACCAUAGAGCCAGCGCUACUGCUGAAAGGAGACAUCAUGGUGAAGUGUUAUCAUCGGCACCUGCAUGGAUAUGGCCGAGACUGCGUGUUUAGGGUCCAGUUCCACACGUGCACGGUCCAUGGGGCCCAGCUUUGGUUUGGGAAACAGGAGCUGGACCAUGCCUGCACCGAUAACCGUUUCCCCUCUGCCGGCACGGUGGAGUUUGUCUUCUCCUAUGGUCCAGAGCGUGUCCGAGGUCGCGAGUGCCAGAAGAAUGACUCGAGCGUCAAGGUGGACUACAACACGUCGGAUCCGGUGGUGCGCUGGGACUCCUACGAGAACUUCAACGUGCACCAUCAGGACAGCUCCGAGGACAUUGCUCACACACGGGGUCCUCUGGAUGGUAGUCUGUACGCCCAGGUGAAGAAGCGCCGUGGCCCAGGCUGCAGCGCCCUGCCCUCGGCCAACGGGUGCCCCUCCGGCCCCGACUCCCCGGCUCUGCCCACCGCUCAGCACUCCCAGCCUCGGCCUCCCGACCACCGGGGCACGCCGAGCCCCACUCCCCCCGGCCCCGCGCACCAGGAGCGGCUGGACCUGGAGCUGCUGCUCGGGGAGGUGGAGGGGGAGCGGGAGCGGGAGCACGGGAGGGAGCGCGAGAGGGAGACGGCGAUCCUGGACGACGGGGAGAGCUCGCCGCUCAGGCCGACGGAACACCCCCCCUCCUCCUCCUCCCCCGCCCCGUGCUGCUCGCGCGCGUACUCCCCGGGACCGCGAUCGCCCUGCGGCCUCCCCCCUGCGGCGUGCGGGACCAACGGACACUUCCUGGACCGGAGGGACGCGGCCUCCAAGGGUCCGGCUCCGAAGCACCACACGCUCCCCGUCAGCCGGACUUCGCCGCCGCCGCUGCUGGAGCCCUGCCUGUCCCACCCGGACCUCCUGUGGGACAGGGGGCGCUGUCUGCACCGCUCCUGCAGCCAGAUGCCGUCCCGGCAGCACUACUCCUACCCGGCUCAGGGCAUGGGGGGCCCCUUGUCGCUCUCGCCGCACCACCCGCAUUCACACCCCCACCCGCACCCGCACCCACAUCCCCACGCACACACACUCCCCUCCUCUCCCAGGAGCUACUGCCCAGCGGAGGUGUGCUCUCUGUACCACUACGCCCCCCACUCCCACGGGCACGCGCCCGCCCCUCCUCCCCCCCGCGCCCUGCACCAGUCGCUGCCCCCGAGCCCCUACCACGAGCUGAGGUUCAGCACCACGGCGUCCCCCUCCUGCCCGUGCCCGGACUGCGCCCGCCUGCGUCGGGAGAAGCCCACGCUGCUCCGCCUGGCGCCCGGCCUGUCCGAGGGCCGCCACCCGUGGGCCCGCGAGGCGCCCGGCUUCGGCUACCGGCGGGACGUGCACCCGGCGUGGGACCGGGAAGCGGAGUCCCCGUGGGAGAGGGAGCAGGAGGCGGAAUUCUGGCGCCGGCACUCGGCCAUGGCCUCGUACCGCCACUGCCACUCGCCCCCCGCCGCGCACGACUUGUCCCCGUCGUACCUCCAGGACGGGCAGCCGCCGCCGGCCACGUCGCCGUCCGCCCUGCCCAGCCCCUUCCCCAGCCCGCACAGCUCCAGCAGCGGCUACCACACGCCCCAGGCCCCCUGCCCCUGCUCCCCCGUGCUGCACUCGCUGCCCCCCAGCCGGGAGAGCCACGGCUACGGAUCCGGGGGCCAGUCCAGGACGGCCUCCCCUCUGCCGGCCACCCCGUCCCCGCAGAGGGCCGGCCAACCAGAGGGGCGCCUCAGCCAGGCCCUGAGACCCACCGCUGGGGCCAGCAGCCAAGCUGGCCAGCAGAGCAGAACCACAGACGUGGAGGAUCACUGGGCGUCAGGCGCUCUGUCCAGGCCGUCCAGCCGGAAAGCCGACCCGUCCCCUGACUCGGCGCCAUCCCAUAAUGGAAACCAGGCUCAGCAGCACGCACAGAACAGCUCUACUGGGACUAAAGUAGAGGAACAGAGAUCCACUCCUGAAGUGCCUUCCAAGCAGCUGUCAUCCUCUCAUGGCUCACAAACAGGCCCGGACCGAAUCCAGUGCCCUCGGCCAACUGCGGCUCAGCAGAAAGAAUCCCGCGGCGGGGACGCGAUGCAUCCAGGCCCUGUUCUCGCCGAGAGAGGCGUCCAAGGCAGCUGCAAGCCCUCCACGGCUCCCAGCGAGGGCUCGCCGAGACAGAGCUUCCACUCACAGCCGCCAGCUGCUCCGGAGACCGCCGCCAAAGAAUCCACUAAUGAAUUGUCAACAAGUUCUGGCGAGCUGCGUUCCAGCCCCCGUCCUCGCUCGUCCUUGCGCGCCUCUCCCCAGGCAGCGGCGGCGGCUGCGGCAGCAACGAGCAACGACUGCCCGGCCUUCCGGAACGAUCCGUGCCCGGAACCUGUCAAGGUGCAAGUGCAGGUGCAGGUGCUGCGCUCGAGCCCGACCUUUGGCGCCACUCCGGACUCCACCCCGGCCUCCUCCACGCCGUCUCUGACCGCCAGCCGCUGCCCGUCCGCCGAGCUGUCCUCGCUGGCCGCGGCCUCCGCCGACGGCCGGAGGCUGACCCCGCAGAUGGACGGCGCGUCGUGCUGCAGCGAGGCGGGCAGCGGCGGCAGCGGCAGCAGCUGCGGCGACCUCCGGGCGCCCUCGCCCGUGCCGGACGGCCAGGCCACGCCGUCCUUCCCGCUGCCGUCGCACUACUACCCGCUGCUCACCGUGCCCCACGUGCCCUACACGGGCUACACGGCCGUCACCAUCCCCGCCACCCCCCCGCAGCCGCCUCUGCCCGAGAAGCGCCGGCCCCUGGCCCUCCAGCAGGGCUCGCCCAGCCGGGCCUCGGCCCUCCGCACCUCCACCGGGGCCCUCUCCAGCUCCUCGCUCUCGGUCAGCUCCGGGCCCAGCUCCGGGUCCACCUCCAGCUCCACGUCCCAGCUGCACGUCACGUUCUCGCCGGCGGUCAGCGAGCUGACCCCACCACCCCCGGCCUCCCGGCUGCUGGCCACCGCGGCGCACGGCACAGGGGAGGACUCGGGAAGCCGCGUCAGUGCCAAGUUUGUGCAGGACAGCUCCAAGUUCUGGUACAAGCCAGGAAUCUCAAGGGAUCAAGCCAUUGCCGUUUUGAGGGAUAAAGAACCAGGCUCUUUCCUGAUAAGAGACAGCAACUCCUUCCAAGGUGCCUAUGGGCUAGCCCUCAAAGUAGCCACCCCUCCGGCCAACGCCAGUAACCAUGGGAGCAGGGGUGAUCCCCUGGAACAGCUCGUCCGACACUUCCUGAUUGAGACCGGCCCCCGUGGCGUGAAGAUCAAGGGGUGCCAAAACGAGUCCUACUUCGGAAGUCUAUCAGCCCUGGUGUACCAGCACUCCAUCACGCCCAUCUCACUGCCGUGUGCUUUGCGGAUACCCGAAAAAGAUCUCGUGGGAGAACUGCAGGAACUGCAGAGUGGCACCAGCACCAGUACAGCAGCAGACUUACUGAAGCAAGGAGCAGCCUGCAACGUCCUCUAUCUGAGCUCGGUGGAGACGGAGUCUUUGACAGGACCGCAGGCCAUCUCCAAGGCAACGAGGGUCACUCUGAGUCAGGAUCCCCGGCCCACGGCGACAGUGGUCCACUUUAAAGUGUCGGCCCAGGGCAUCACGCUCACUGACAACCAGCGCAGAGUUUUUUUCAGGAGACACUACCCCAUCAACAGCGUGACGUUCAGCAGUGUGGACCCUCAAGAUCAAAGGUGGACUAAUGCUGAUAAUAACACCUCUACCAAGAUGUUUGGCUUCGUGGCGAAGCGCACAAGCAGCUCGUCAGAGAACGUAUGCCACCUGUUUGCCGAGUCGGACCCGGAGCAACCUGCUACAGCCAUCGUCAACUUUAUCAACAAAGUCAUGCUGGGGCCGCAGCUCAGGAGAUAGCAGUAGAGGAGAGAGAGAGAAAGAGAGAGAGACAUGAAAGAAGAGAAACGAUUAAGUGAUGAUUCAAUGAGGAAAGUGCAAAGCAAAGGCAGUUCCUUAUACAAGGGAGGGGAAUGGUUAAUAAAAGAGGGGAGAGAAUAAAAUACAGACAUACAGUUGUGAUGCUGCAGUGAUGCAGAUGUUUCCGUACACUCAAGUCUCACAGAAGACCACAUUUCUCAAACUGUGCGUUACCUUUUCAUGAUUUUGAACUGUAUUUUUAUUAUGGAAUGAGGAGGAACAAUCAUGAGCGUACGUACACUACUAGAUAGUCCCAAAGUCCGCAGCCCAGGUGACACAGCAGACUAGAGUAGUUCCUGUUUCUUCUCUUUUGGUCCAAAAUGAUUGAAAAUUGUCAAAACUGUGACAAGAAAUGGUCCCCGUUGCGGUCCACACCCUAGUGGUGAAAGACUUGUUUAGCCUCUGACUGGUGUACACAGGUCGUCGCUUAGUCACAAUGACUAACAUUUUCCAAAGUUCUUCAGUUAAAGGAGCAGUCUGCUAUUGUAAUUCCAUACACAUUUUGCCGAGGGAUUGCUUAUCAUAACCCUCUGGUAAACUGGUGUUUGUGCACUAGUUUUGGUUCUUGCUUGGACUCAUUCAUGAACAGCUCCAGGUAAUCAACACAGUGCUUCAUUAUCAGAGAAGGGAGGGAAGCAAUUUGAUUGGCUGUUGGGCUCAAAAUAUGAUCAGCCUUUCACAAAACCUGAAUCUAAAUCACAGGUGAAUUUAAUAACCAUUACAUUCAUUUUACAGUUACAGUUCUUAUUUAUGUUCGUAGGUCGACAUGUUCUACUAUCCAUUUGUUUCCGGUAAUAAAAUACUAGACCAUUAUUAUCUUGUGUAGAAUCACACAAGUGUUGUUUUGGGCUGAGCACAACAGAGAGAUUGAGAUGGUUCUGUUUAUGUCUGAUGGAAUGUGACUGUAUCAGUCCGUGAGGUUGGCAGUAGUGCAGUGGCAAUGAAAGAGGCAGCUUCAGAUAAGAAACCACGAGGGGAGAGUAUUGCUGCUUCAUUCUGAAUGUUUAAGUAAGUGAUUUUAGAUGUCAGUUUGGUAUGAAAAUACAAAUAUGUUUGGGUUUUUUUUUGUAAUGGAAGAUGAACCGUUUAACAGGAGGGUGAAGCUCAUGGAAAUGGCUAUCUUUUCUGCACAGAUGCCAAGUUAACAUGACACUCUCUCAGGUAUCUAAAACUAUUAAGGAGGUUACCAUUGCCCUCAAGAUUUUAGAAAUGUGUUUUAAUGUUGUCUAAAAUAUUUACACAAUGUGUGUGUGUUUGAUUAUUGGACCCUAAUACGGCACUGUCUUUUGGAAACUGACCUGUAGUAAGAUGUUCUAAACAAGGGAAAAUUAUACCGCUGUGUUUUAUAGAGUAAAAUAGUAAGUGGGUCACAGGACACUAAAAUAAAUACAGUUCCAGCUUCCACUUUGAAAGAAAUACAAUUCCAGCUUCCACUUUGAAAUAAAAAAAACAAGGGUCACUGGAAAGACCAAGUUUCUUGCUGCAGGUUGCAUUUUCAACCCAUGUGUUUGUAUACUGCCAAAGCUCUUUAGGUUGCCCUUUUAUAUUUAAUUUACAUUUAAUUUACAUUUUGUAGGAUACAGCUGAACAUUUUGUAUAAGAGACCAUGAAUUGUUUUGCCUGAUCUUUAUACCUUACAGAAGUAAUAUAUUUUCACCAUCUGCAAGUAUUUUUGAAGUUCCAGUAAAUGAAAUGUACAUGCUAUUUUUGAAUGAAAUGCAUAAAAGAAAAUAAAGUUAUG